AUGGAUAGUAUAACGAAUAACGACUCAAAUAUUGGCUCGUCGCGAGGCGACGCGUCAACCACCUCCGGUGAUAUUGCUAGCAGUCUCACCGGCGGAGGGGGCUCAUCAGGCUCGGCAUUGAUGAUGACUUUAUUGCCUGCACUCGCAUACGCUUUGUUUUGGGUCAGCCUGUUUCUGAUAUUUCGGCGAACUCAACGCCGAUGGUACGCUCCGAGAUCCUACUUGCCCGAUAUACAUGAGCAUCAACGGAGUCCCGAGUUGCCUUCUGGUUGGGUGAACUGGCUCGGGACAUUUUUAAAAAUCGAAGACAAUCAUGUGCUUCACCACUCAUCGCUAGACGGGUAUCUGUUCCUGCGAUUUUUGCGCGUCCUGGCUGCAACAUGUCUGACAGGCUGCGUGAUUACAUGGCCCAUUCUGUUGCCACUUCAUGCCACCGGGGGCAACGGCAAUACUGAGCUCGAUAUCUUGAGUUUCAGUAACGUCAAGAACCCCAACAGAUACUAUGCCAAUGUUAUAGUGGCAUGUGUUUACUUCUCGUUCGUGUUUUAUGUCGUAGUCAGAGAAAGCCUGUACUAUGCAAAUCUCCGCCAGGCCUACCUCAAUUCGCCUGCCUACGCAUCUCGAAUGUCGUCCCGUACAGUCCUCUUCAUGUCAGUUCCGGAUGCGUACAAGAAUGAGGACAAACUACGACAAGUAUUUGGGGACUCGAUCCGCCGAACUUGGAUUACCUCCGACUGCUCAAAGUUGGAAAAGAUGGUUAGAGAACGAGAUCAAUUAGCCGAGAAGCUGGAGACCGCAGAGACCAAGCUCAUUCGACGAGCAAAUAAAAUUCGCACCCAAGCAAUCAAAACAGGCGAAUUGAAUACUGAUGUGUGCUUGGACUGCGAGUCAAGCAACCCGGCAUGGUCUCACAAGGUCCAACGUCCCAUGCAUCGACUGAAACUUUUUGGCGAAAAGGUCGACUCUAUCCACUGGUAUCGGGCUCAGCUCGCAAAGAAAAUCGAAGAAGUAUCAAAUAUGCAAUCCAAACACCAAAAGGGUCAAGCAAAAAUGCUUAGUGCAAUCUUUGUCGAAUUCAACAGCCAGGCUGAUGCACAAGUCGCCCUACAAACCCUGUCGCAUCACCAGCCGUUCCAUAUGACGCCUCGAUUCAUUGGAGUUUCCCCUUCCGAGGUGGUAUGGUCGGCACUGAAUCUAAGCUGGUGGCAAAGAAUUGUCAGGAGAUUCGCAGUCCAGGGAUUCCUGGCGGCGAUGGUCAUCUUUUGGUCGUUUCCUGCGGCAAUAGUUGGUGCAAUUUCGAAUAUCACGUACAUUUGCACGCUGAUACCCUUCCUCAAAUUCAUUCUUGACUUGCCCGAUUUCAUGAAAGGAGCGAUUGAGGGCCUUCUGCCUGCUGCGGCCCUAGCGGCGUUGAUGUCGCUAGUACCGAUCAUAUGUCGCAUAUGUGCUAGGCGAGCUGGAGUCCCAUCAAAGGCACGGGUUGAGCUGUUCACACAAAGCGCCCACUUUGUCUUCCAAGUGGUCCAAGUGUUCUUGGUCACGACCUUGACAUCGGCUGCAUCGGCUGCUACUGCACAAAUCGUCAAGGAUCCUCUCUCGGUCAAAGAUCUGCUGGCGCAGAACUUACCCAAGGCGACUAAUUUCUACAUUUCUUACUUCAUGCUGCAGGGACUGAGUAUGAGUUCCAUGGCCCUUGUUCAAAUUGUCAGUGCCUUGGUGUUUAAGUUUGUGACCACAUUUUUUGCCUAUUCCCCUCGUCGUCUGUUUCAAGGAUGGGCCGAACUGGCCAGUCUCAGCUGGGGCAAUGUCUUCCCCAUCUUCACCAACAUGGCUGUAAUUGCGUUGACCUAUUCAUGCAUCGCACCUCUGAUUCUGGGAUUUGCCUUCCUCGGACUUUAUCUUGUGUACCAAGCCUACCGAUACAACUUCCUCUUCGUAUAUGACAUCAAUAUUGAUACAAAGGGACUAGUCUACCCACGAGCCCUGCAACAUUUGUUAACGGGUCUCUACCUGGCUGAAAUUUGCUUGAUAGGACUUUGCGCCAUCAAGGGUGCUAUCGGCCCAGUCAUCAUCAUGGUUCUAUUCAUGAUUGGCAACAUUUUGGCGCACAUGUCGCUCAACGACGCACUCACCCCACUGAAUACUUUCUUACCACGAUCCCUUGACGCCGAGGAGGAAAUGCUUCAAGAAAAAGAAGAUGCAGUGGCAGCGAUCAACGAAGAGCGCCGCCCACGCGCAAUGGCCUUCUGGAGAUGGUUCCACCCGAACGUAUACAAAGAUUACGCGGCAUUGCGUCAAAAGGUUCGCCGGAAUCUUGAGGAGGUUUCGUACACACCCGAAGAGAUGCGUACAGCAUAUUUCGAACCAUGUGUAGCAUCGCCACCACCGAAUUUGUGGAUCCCACGCGAUAAGUGGGGGUUCAGUAACCAUGAGGUUUUGGAGACUGAUUCCAUCAUCAGCAUCACGGAUGAGGGUGCGCACUUGAAUGAGAGGAAUAAGAUUGUGUGGGAUAAAUAUGACCCUCAUCUUCCUUUACGGGAAUUAAAGACCCUGUAUUGA